GGCGUGGCCACGCACGUUACCUUGGAAACCGCGUCUCCCGCGCCGGGUGGGCGGGGCUCCCGCCGCCGUUCCUCUCUCCCUAUUGGCGGCGCCUCCCGGUACCGGCGGGGAGGGGCGUGGCCGGGCCGGUUCCCGCCAUGGAGGAGGCGCUCGGCACCGUGUGCUGGUGGGGCCUGUCCCCCGCCAUCGACCUGCGGCUGCACCUCCCCCCGGGCACCGAGGAGGCGGGCGGCGCUGCUGGUGGGGGCGGCCGAGGGGCGGCACGUGCUGCUGACGGCGGCCCGGGCCCGGCGGGGACCCCCCCGGGACGUCACCCUCUUCGUGUCCGAGCGGCGCCCGGAGUCCGUGUCCCGGCAGCUGCUGUUCCUGCUCCUGGCGACCGAAGCCCCGGGACGCAUCAGCCCGGCCGCCCGCGCCGCCGCCAUCCUGGAGCUUGUGGGCUCCGUGCGGGUCCGACCCGGCACCGCGGCCGCGCUGCCCGGAGCCGCCGCCCGGCUGCGCCGCUGGGUCACCGGGAACCGGGACCGGGAGCCGGGCGGACCCGCGGAGCUGCAGCUCAUGAAGUGCCGGGACCGGGACGCACUCGAGGCCGUUUUGCGGCGCUGGGAGCGGCCGGGACUCGAACCCGCGUCCGCCCGGAGCCGGAACCGGAGCCCCGGGGGUGGGAGCGGCGGCUGCGGCGGCUCCUGGCCCGGUACGAGGCGAGAGCGGCCGUGGCGGAUUGGGAGCUGCGGAUGGGGCUGCACCCCCGGGGGGCCACCUCGGUGUCCCCGGCCGAGUUCGGGCGCUGGCGGGAAAGCGGCGUCGCCUUCGUGCCGCUGGGGGGGGACACGGCGCCCAACCCCACCCUGAGGAGCAGCCGCUGCCCCCGGAACGACGGGCAGGAGGGGCCCGAUCCCGGGUACUGGGGGGACACGGUGACCGGACCCUUCGUGGCCUUUGGGCUCGAUCCUGAGCGACGGAGCCCCGGAAAGACGGCCACUGAAAUCUCCCUGGAAAACGUCACCGCGCUGCUGCACGAGCUGCUCAGGGGGACACCCCCUGGGGAAUCCCCUGAGGAAUCCCCUGGGGAAACCCCCGGGGAACCCCCAACACAAAGAGACCCCCCCCAGGACCCCCCCGGCGACGACAGCGACCCCUUGGGUCGCUGCCCGAGUUGACCCCCGAGUUGGGCCAAUUGGCUGCUCCGGGGGCGACGCUAUUGGUGGAGCUGCCCACGUUCGCGCCAACCCUGCGCCCCCCCCCAGCUGGACGCGUUCCGGGCCCGGGUGGUCGCGCUGGCCCAGGACUGCGGCUUCCAGCCCUGGGGGGGGCCCGGGGAACCCCCCGCCUACGCCCGCUUCUGCUGGCGGGCCCCCCC